CUAGGCGGUUUUUAAAAUAAAAUGAGUUAGUUAGAAGUACUUUAUUCUACCAUUUUUAUAUCAUAAAUCAUCAUAAAUCUUCGCUCAGCAAUCGCGUAUGUGUUUAUGAUAAGUUGAUAACUGAGCGGUGCACAUUUAAAGUAAUCAACAAGAGAGCGUUGAAGUUCUUUGACCUAACCCUGCCUUGUGGUCGUGUAAAUAUUUUGCAUUUAACAGUUUGUGAGAAUACACUGCAAUAUUGGUUAAGAGGGACACCGCCGUCGGAGCCAACAGCAUGGGUAUAAGAUCGCCGGUCCGGUAUUUUGCGAUAUUUCUGAGUGUCGCGUACUUAUCGCAAGUGGCAUACAAGUUUUUCUCACGAAGAAAACAAGAGGAUACUAAAAACGAAAUACACGAAGUUAUUAUAUUCUCUCCACUUACAUUAAUGCCGAAGAACAGUAAAUACAGCAGACACACUAUAACUCCACCAAUGGACAGACUAUUGCACUAUUUGAGCACACCACGAGAGACUUUGGACAUUUGUAUGUAUGUUUUUACAAGCCAGGAGAUAAUGAAUGCCAUAUUGAAAGUAAUAUACAGAGGAGUGAAAGUUCGUGUUAUAGUUGAUGCAGAUAUGGCCUUUGCCACCGGCUCCCAAGUGAGGAAACUGGAGAAGCAAGGUGUUCCAGUGCGUUGGAUGAAGUCAACGUCUCUGAUGCAUCAUAAGUUCUUUUUGGUGGAUGUGUUAUGUGAGCCUCCUUCAAGGGCUAUUCCUCUGCUGGCGACCGGUUCACUGAACUGGACUGCUCAAGCAAUGAACGGGAACUGGGAAGGUGUCACUGUCACAUCGGAGAAGGACUUGAUUGCUCCUUACAGAGAGGAGUUUGAACGACUCUGGGUGCAGUUUAAACCAAUUGUACCACAUUCUCCUCAAUAUACCAAUGUAGCUAGGCAAGCAAGCAAUAGAAAUUAAUACUGUAACAAAAGUAAAAAAAUAGCUAGGUAACAUUGUUGUAUUAUCCACAUUAUGAUAGCUGGAUCCACACCAGAUGCAACUGCUUGGAUUGUUAAUGUGGAUUCAGCUAUUUUAUCUUAAAUUUAUGUUGUUUUAGAAUCAACCCCAUGAGUUGAUGAUGAUGUUUUCAUAGUUUGUUAAGUUCAAAAGUAUUACAAGCUUUCUUUUCAAAAUAGUUAAUAUGUUAAAGAAGCCUGUGCACGUGGCCUUAAUGUCUAAAACUAAAAAAAAAUUGCUGAAUCUCACAUAGUGUAAGUGAUAACUUAUUUGAUUUUAUUCAUAGAAUAAGAAAAUAUAAGUGCUAAAAGUGCAUAACCAAAUUAUAAAUAAGUUCUAAAAGUAAGCUGUAAGUUAUAAUGACUGUUUUCCUACUUAAAUAUAAGUUAAUUUACAUUA